AUGGACCGUCGGAGCUGGCUGUGGCGGCGCAAGUCGACGGACAAGAGCCCUGCAGAGACCGAGACCUCGGCGUCCUCUGCAUCCGAGAGGAUCACUGAUGAACAGGAUACUGCCAAGAGCUCUCCAAAUUCGACUCGGUCGCCGGAGAUCACAUCGAAGGAAUUGGAGGACGACAACAAUGUGAAGGUGAAGGUGUUGAGUGAGAGGCUGUCAUCCGUAGUUCUGGAUAUCCGUGCGAAGGAUGAUCUCGUGAAGCAGCAUUCCAAGGUUGCAGAGGAGGCUGUUCUAGGAUGGGAGAAGGCCGAGAAGGAGAUCGCGUCACUGAAGGCGCAGCUGAACGCUGCAACGGCCAAGAACUCUGCGCUGGACGACCGGCUCGUCCACCUGGACGGCGCCCUCAAGGAAUGCGUCCGGCAGCUCCGGCGCGCCAAGGACGAGCAGGACCAGACGGUGCAGGACGCGCUGGCACAGCAAGCGCGGCAGUGGGAGUCCCACAAGGCCGACCUCGAGCUGCGCAUUGUCGAGCUCACGGCGAGGCUGGAGGCCAAGUCCGAGCGCUCGAUGGCCGCCACCGACGGCGACACCGGUUCCAGGCUCGCCGCACUGGAGAAGGAGAACUCGGCGCUGAGGGUGCAGCUGCUCGCCAAGACAGAGGAGCUGGAGUUCAGGACGAUCGAGAAGGAGCUCAACCGGCGGGCCGCGGAGACGGCGAGCAGGCAGCAGCUGGAUGGCAUCAAGAAGGUGGCCAAGCUCCAAGCUGAGUGCAGGAGGCUGCAGGCCGCGGCACGGAGGCCCGCCGUCAACGUCGAGCUCAGACGUUCUCCGAGCUCGGCCGGCGCCGAGUCGGUCACGGACUGCCAGUCGGACUGCUCCGACUCAUGGGCCUCGGCCCUCAUCACCGAGCUCGACCAGUUCAGGAACGACAAGAGCGGUGCAAGCACCAGGACCGCGAGCCUCGCGACCGCGGACAUCGGCGUCAUGGACGACUUCCUCGAGAUGGAGAAGCUCGCCUCCGCGAACGGCUUGUCGAAAGGCGACGCAGUCGAGGACGCGAGCGGGCAGCUGGCGAGGCUCGAGGAGAAGGUCAGGAAGCUGGCAGCCGAGAAGGCCGAGCGGGAGAAGGCGCUGCACGAGGCUCAGCGCGAGCUGAGGACUUGCCGCCACCGGGUAAUGGUGGCAGACGAGAGAUCAGCUGAGCUGCAGCGGCAGCUGAACCUUGCCAAUGGCGAGAAACACGCCAUGGAGGCCGAGGUGGAGGCUGCUGAGGCGAAGAGAGGAGAGCUCGAGGGCAAGCUCGAGCUCGCCCAUGCCGAGAUCGCGGGCUUGCUAGACAAGGGGCGCAUUCUGGAGGAACGGCUCGAGUCUGAGAAGGCGCUGACGCUUGAGCUCGCAGCCAAGUACCAGGACAUGGAGGCGCUGGGGGCAGAGAAGAGGGAGUUGAGCGCUCAGCUGGAGACGUCACGGUCCGAAGCCAAGAAGCUCAGCGACAAGAUCACCCUGAUGGAGAGGAAACUGGGGGUGGAGAAGGCCUUGUCGAUCCGGCUGGCGACGAAAUGCCAUGGCAUUGAUGCUCUGGAAGCAAAGAAGAAGGGCGUCGAGCUCGAGCUGGAGUCUGCACGCGAGGAAAUCGCUUUGCUGCAAAAGAAGGCUAGUAGCUUGGAACUGCGAGUCGAGGAAGAGAAAGCGUCGUCUGCUGCACUGGCAAUGCGGUGCCAAGAACUGGAGGAGCUUAGAUCCCAGCUGGAGUUUUCGAACUCACAGAUCGUUGAGCUCAAUGAGAAGGUUAAAAAGCUCGAGGAUGUAAUUGAGAAACAGAGGCCAGUGACGGUGGAAUUAGAGUCUCAGCUUCAGUCGAGGCACGCUGAAAUCAGCAGCUUGAAGGAGGAUAUAAGCCUGUUGCAGAAGAUGCUGGAGAGCCAGAAGAACCUGUCAUCAGCUUACAUAUCUGCACUGGGUGCUUCUGAAACUGAGAAGAAAGAGCUGGCUAGUCGGUUCGAGCUCAGAGAGAAGGAAGCCGAAGAAUUACGUGGGAAGAUGAGUUUGCUGGAGGAACAGAUCCAUAAAGAGAGGGCACAGUCAUCCGAGCUUGUGGUAAAAUGUCAGAAGAUGGAGGAACAGAUCUCCUGCAGAUCCCUUCUGGGACACCAACCAGUGAAAUCUGUGGCAGUCAAAGAUCUUCAGAUCAGAAAGGAGACAGAGCUGGCCAAGGCUGCAGGGAAACUGGCCGACUGCCAGAAGACGAUAGCUUCACUGAGCAGCCAGCUGAAAUCCCUGGCCGAUUUCGAUGAAUUCCUCCCCGAAACCGAGACCAGUGGUGCUGACUCAGCCGACGCCUGGGACAGCGAUCUGAAGCUGCUCCAUCCUGCAACUGCAAAUGUACGAUAUCUUCCAGCUUCCCCCAGCCAAGAUUCAGGUUGGAGUCUUUUCUCUGCUACCAUACCUCCUGAGGCCCUUGAGAUUACCCGCAAGUUCAUGAAUAAGCCACUGAGAAUCCUCAUGAAGAGAGAUGAUCUGACCAUUGUCGUCAGUAAAACCAGGGGUACUCAAUUUUUGUUAAGAACUUUCCUUUUGAAGCAACUGUUUGAAAUGGUUGAACAGGAGUUCAACAAGUUUGGUGCUAUUAAAUCUGGUGGUAUACAAGUCAAAUGCCAGGAUAACGUCUUUGUCCAACUGAUCUGCACAAUUCAAUACCGUGUUGUCAAGGAAAAUGCAGAUGAUGCAUUCUAUGAGUUGCAGAAUCCCCAACAGCAAAUUCAGGCCUACGUCUUUGAUGAUUAUGGUUACAGCAUUGAGCACAUUCUCAUGGUUGAUAUCAUCCCUGACGCUGCUGUUCUCAAAGGGAUGAACGAUAUAAAUGCAGACAUGCAAUCCUACCAAUCUGACAAUGACCAUUCCAGAUUACCAUCUCCUACAUCGAUGAAGCCCACCAUACGAGAGGCAGGUGCAGCUUGCAGAUUACGGGUUCACGUGUACAUGCUUGAAAUGCCAAGAAGACAUCGGUCUGAAAGGAGAUCUCUGCUUGAAUUCUGCGGCAUUUGUUGA